AUGGCGCCCCAGGACUCUUCCAAGGGGCGUGGGCUCCCAAAGGGACCUCCAGAUGCUGAGGCGGUAUUAAGGCCCUCACAAGGGGGUGGCGGCAAUCCCAGGGACCCUGCCAGGGGCAGUGGCCCCGGGGGCCAUCCCACGGGUGGGGGGCGCCCCCAAAGUCCCACCAUUGGCCGGCGAACCUGCAAGGACCCUCCCAGGGGUGGUGGUGGCCCCACAGGCCUUCCAGAGGCGGCCGGCGCACCCGGGCGCCUUGCCAGAGACGGCAGCACCCCCAUGGGCCCUCUCUAUGGGUGGCAACGUCCUAGAGGCCUUUUCAAGGCCGGCGGUGCCACCAAAGACCCUCCCAAGGGCAGUCGUGACCCAAAGGGCCCUGCCGAAGUGGUGCUGGCGGCGCUCCCAGGAGCCCUGGCCUGGGGCGGCAUCGCCUGCAAGGGCACUUUCGGGGAAGGAGGAGCUAAUAGGCCCUGCCAGGCUGUAGCCACUCCAAGGCCUCUUCCGGGGGCUGUAGCUUGGGUCUCUCUCAGGGAGCAGCUUGGCAUGCACUCAAAGGACCCCAUCAGGCGGAUCCAUGGGGCCCUACCAUUAACUGUGGCACCCCAGGACCUCUUCAGGAACUGUGGGGUCCCCGUGCCCUCCCAGGACGGCGGCGGGGCCCUCCACGAGGCUCUGGCGUCCCCAGGAGCCCUCCUAGGGGCGGCUUGGCGCUCCUGGGACAUUCCCAAGGCAGCGGGGUCGUCUGGGGCUCUCCUUAGAGGUGGAUAUGCUCUCCUGGACCCUCUCCCGGGGGCAGCGGCGCUAGGGACCCAUGACAUGAGCAAUGACGAGCCCUCACAAGGGGUGGCAGCACCUUUAGGAGCCCUACCACAGGAGGCCGAGGUUCUCCUUAGGGGUGGCAGUGAUCCCAGUUGCCGGGGUGGUAACCCCAAUGUCCCUGCAUUGGCCGGCGAACCUGCAAGGGACCCUCCAGGGGUGGUGGUGGCCCCACCCGAGGCCUUCCAGGGGCAGGCUGGCUGGGGUGCCACACCGGGGACGGCAGCACCCCCAUGGGCCCUCUCUAUGGGUGGCAACGUCCCUGAGGCCCUUUUUCGAGGCCAGCUGAUUGCCUCAAGGCCUCCAAGGGCAGUCGUGACCCCAAGGGCCCUGCCAGUGGCAGCAGCUCCCAGGAGCCCUGCCUGGGGGCGGCAUCGCCUGCAAGGGCACUUUCAGAAGGUGGGCUUGACAGGCCUGCCAGAGGCUACAGCCAGCACUCCCAAAGGCCUCUGGGGACUUGGCAACCCCAGGUCUCUCCUGGGAGCAGCAGCCUCAAAGGGCCCACUCCCAAAAAGUGGCGGAUCACAUAGGGGCCCUACCAUUAGCCUGUGGCACCCCAGGACCUCUUCCAGAACUGUAGGUCCCCACGUGCCCUCCCAAAGGGCGGCGGCGCCCUGGGGCCCUCCACGUGCAGAACCAACUGCCCCAGGGGCCCUAUGGGAGGUCAGCACUCCCUGGAGCCUCCCAUUUGCCCUAACAGGUGCGCUCGCAGGGGCAUUCCCAGGGGGGCAACAGCGCACCCAACUGGCCCCUUCAGGGGCAGUGUGGCUCCCCAAGGGCCCAACCCAGGGGUGCCGGCUCCCCAGGGGGCCCUCUCGAAGGGGCAACGGCGGCCUGGGUGUCCCUGUCAGGGGCUGUGAGGCAUCCUCGGGGCCUAUUCAGAGGGUCUGGCGUCCUGGGGGUGCUCCUAGGCGGCGGCGCCCGUGGGGAGACCCUCCCAAGGGCAGCUUAUGGGGCUCUCCCUUUGGGUGGAGAAACCGCCAUGGUUCCCUCUCAGGGCAGCGACACAAGGGGCCCCUGACUAGGGCUGUGACGUCUCAAGGGGCCUGGCCAGGGCGAUGGCGCCCCAGAAGUGCUCAAGAGGCGUGGGCGCUCCCAAAGGUUCUCAGAUGCUGA